GGACUGAGGACCCCCCUUUCACCUCACUCUCUCAUCAUGGCUGAUAACAAGGACAGGGUGUGGCUCAUCUUAGGUGCAGCGUCCGGCUUCGGACGAGCGAUGGCAGAACACGUUCUGGACUCCGGGGAGAAGGCGGUUGUCGCUGACCGCGUCGUGGGUGGGCUAGAGCAGCUCGUGUCCACUUAUCCUGCCGACCGCAUACAAGCCGUGGCCAUGGACAUCACAAACGCAGAUCAGGUCGCGGCCGCAUUCGCGACGGCAAAGUUGCACUUUGGACGGCUUGACGUCAUGUUCAAUAGCGCCGGCGUCGGGCUUGUGGGCGAGGUCGAGGCAGUGCCUGACGCAAAAGCAAGAUGGAUGAUGGACAUCAAUUUCUGGGGUGCCGAGCGUGUCACCCGGCAUGCUGUGCGUUUCUUCCGCGAGGAAAAUGGUGACCGGCCUGGGGGAACGAUCGCACACAUUACCAGCCUGGGCGGCAUCAAAUCUCUCCCUGCUGAUGGACAUUACUGUGCUGCGAAAUUCGCGCUAGAAGGCCUAUGUGAAGCAGUAGCGAUGGAACUAGAUCCCGCCUGGAACAUCAAAGUCGCUUUGAUAGAGCCGGGAUGGUUCCUCACCGGGCUAUCAACAAACGACAGCGGGGUUAAACCCCACCCCGCAUACACCAACCCAAGCCUGCCGUCGGUGCAGCUGCGGACGUCGACGUCGCGGACGGCGGACGAAAUGAAAGAGACUUACGCGGACCCCAGAAAGGGCGUGAGAGCGAUGUAUGAUGUCAUCAACCUGGGCCGACCGUUCGUGCGCCUCCCGCUCGGCCCGGGUGUGGUGGAAGGUGUGCAGUGGAAAAUCGAUCAGCUCACGAAGACGCUGGAAGAGUUCAAAUCGUGCUCUGACAACCUGCAAUUCGACCCGUGAGUGGGCCUCACGCGCUGUCAAGCGUUGCUAUUAUCUCAAUCGCGGUCCCGCACCGACAUACAGGCUGCGUUCGAGAUUGUGAAGUCGAAAGUGGGUCGUGUGUAUUUUUAAAUGUCUUGAUGUAUCCUUCCACAACGCCGCUCAAAAGCAAUGUAUCGCGUCUUGAAGUUCUGGC